AUAGGGUUCGAAAACGAGCCAGGCCGCAUAAUCGAUUAAGGUCAUUAGACUGAAGUCCGCUAUAUAAGAACGCCAGCCGAAUGGACUAGACUCGGCCUCAAUUAGUUUGACUGCCUCUUGCUGUAGCUGCGCCUUGUUUAAUGACUUAGAGGCAGCUGUUUGUUUGGAAUAAUAUUUUAACUACGGUUUGUGUCUUUGUAAAAUGAAACGUUUAGCUUAUUCAUUUCGGAAAACACUGAAGUGCUGUUGAUAACAACAAAAGACGAGCGAUGCGUCGCGUAUCGACAAAUGUCCCAUUUUCCACGCCAUCUAUGCCAAACGUGUUUCUUAUCGGGAAUGGUGACGGUAACAGCAGCCGAGAUGACGUCUCUUGUAGCGGGAAACUUGCUCCGCUCCACUCAAGGGCAGGCUUCGAAGAAAUACAGGCACGACGAUCGAGCGUCACCAUGCCGCCGAUUUUCACCCCGCGCCGGCGAUCAGUAUCAUCCCGGUCAGCAGUCUCCACCAGUUCCCUCGAGGACUUUCCCCGCCCACCAGAAAACAGCCCCCGAACAGAGAACCAAUCCGGAGGCCCGAAGUUCAUCCUAAACAUUAUCAGCGAGACAAGCGACUUGAGUGGAGGCCGAGCAACAAAGAAACAAACGAAACGGAAAGGCCAAAAGAGGAAGGAUAAACUACCCUUGCUUCAACAAGACAGUAAAAAGACUUCUACUAUUAAAAAGAAACUCAACAGAAAAAGCACAGAUGUUACAAUUCGACUGAACGACGAAGUGUUGGAUACAGAAGGCGCUAAAACAGCGGAAGCAGCUAAAGAAGGAGCAACGGAGAGCAAGAUCUCCAAGGAACAAGGGGAUGGAGAUGAGGAGGACAUGUAUUGUAAAUAUGGGCUGGAUUUGAGGAAGGAUUACGGAUGGGAAAUCUCUCGCGCCUUUACCUUCUCGUACUUCCCCAAGCUCGCGGAACAACCACAGAAGAAAACUAAGAAACCGAAAAAGCCCGGAUUGACAGCUAUAAAGAAGCCGAAAACUGAUGUUGUAACUGACCUGACUGUCAAUGAAAUCUGAUACACACCGUUAGUAGAGGUCACAUAGAUGAUGAUGCCGAUGACCGAUUUGUGUAGAGAAAUUCAUGGAUAUCUGGUAAUUCCCGGAUUAGAGAGUGGUGAUUGCCGGAUGUGUGUAUUGAUUCUCGGCUGCAGUAAUUCCAGGAUAUGUGAUUACUCGGAUAAUUAGUCAAUCCGACAAGACGACAAUGGAUCGGUCUAGGCGUAUUACACGUACUGGAAAAUUUUAUUUAUAGUUUAGACUCUAUAUUUGUAACAAUUACAAGCGUUUUAUAAAUUUAAGAAAAUAUAUAUUAUCCUGGUACAAGUUAACUAACCAUACGACAGAACCUAGCAAAUACAGAUGGAAGAGUUUGUUCCAAAAAGAACAUUUUAAAAGUGAUAUCAACUAUACUUUAGCCUUUUAAGGAUUUUUUGCGAUGUAUCUUUUUGUCAUCUCUGGCCAAGAAUGCGCAAGGUAUGAUGGGAGGUGUUGCAUCUCGGGAAGGAAAUGCGACGCUCCUAGCAUGCUUUGCGCGCCGCUUUGUUGUUGUCAUGACAGAAACUGAAUAAAAAUGCACUUACAAAACCUG